AGUGGAAGAGGCUCUGCUGCUGUCUGCAAGCUGUCUGACCCGCAGGAGAGAUGCGCUACAUUCUGGUGCAAACUGCGCCAACGCUCUGAGGAGCUGCUGCUCAGAGACAGAACUCUGCUGCGUCACUUUCCUGUCCAGUUCAUUCGUUGAUGCCUUUGGAUUUGUUAUUCCUAUUAUCGGACAUGAUGUAUGCGGGCGGAAGAUUCUAGCGGAACGUUGGCCGGUGGGUUCUGCGUGUCCUUCUAGAAAAGGAGCAGACAUGUAUGCAGGACGCAAGAGGAGAAAACCCGUCCAGAGAGCGGUGAAACAGCCACCUGCUGAGGGAACAAAGUCAAAUCCGUCCAAACGGCACAGAGACCGGCUGAACGGCGAACUGGAGCAACUGGCCAGCCUGCUGCCAUUUCCUGAGGAGGUCACUGCUAGUCUGGACAAACUAUCCAUCUUACGGCUGAGCGUCAGCUACCUACGAGCCAAGAACUUCUUCUCUGUUGCCCUGAGCAGUCAGAAGGGAGCCGCUGGAGCCAGAGGGAACAACGAGAAACCAGGAGGUGGAGAGAAGCAGGUGUGUGAAGGAGAGCUGCUGCUGCAGGCUCUCAAUGGGUUUGUCCUGGUCACUACUGCAGAUGGGACCAUUUUCUAUUCCUCUCACACCAUCCAAGACUACUUGGGCUUCCAUCAGACUGAUGUCAUUCACCAGAGUGUGUAUGAGCUUGUCCAUACAGAGGACCAACAGGAACUGAGAAGAAACCUGCACUGGGCUUUGAAUCCUUCCCAGGCUGCAGGAUCUGCCAUGUCCCAGGACUCCCCCCAAGAGAUGGAACCUGACAGCAGCUCUUCUUUGGUCACCUACAACCCCAAGCAGCUUCCACCAGAGAAUUCCUCCUUCUUAGAGAGGAAUUUUGUGUGUCGCUUCCGCUGCCUGCUAGAUAACUCCUCUGGCUUCCUGGCUCUGAACAUCCAGGGCAGGCUCAAGUUUCUGCAUGGACAAAACCAGCAGCAGGAAAAUGGAGGGAAGGGCACAACUCAACUUGCCCUUUUUGCCAUCGCAACUCCUCUGCAGCCUCCGUCCAUCCUGGAGAUCAGGACCAAAAAUAUGAUUUUCAGGACUAAACACAAGCUGGAUUUUACACCCUUGGCCUGUGAUGCUAAAGGGAAAAUUGUUCUUGGGUACACUGAGGCUGAGCUACGAGUUCGAGGAUCUGGCUAUCAAUUCAUCCAUGCAGCCGAUAUGUUGUACUGUGCUGAGAACCAUGUCAGAAUGAUAAAAACAGGAGAGAGCGGACUGACUGUGUUUAGGCUCCUCACCAAAGAGAAUAGCUGGAAAUGGGUCCAGGCCAAUGCCCGGCUGGUGUACAAGAACGGCAAACCAGACUACAUCAUCGCCACCCAGAGGCCACUUCUAGAUGAAGAGGGAGGAGAACAUCUGCGUAAGCGCUCCAUGCAUCUCCCCUUUACCUUUGCCACAGGUGAGGCCUUACUGUACCAGUCCAACCACCCCAUCGCAGACUUCAUCGAUGGAAGCCAGGAGAAAAACAGCAGCAAGUCCAAGAAAAGCCGAGCUGAAAGGCUGGCAAGGGAUGGCUUGGAUCCUGGUUCUCUUCUUGGGGCUCUCAUGAGUCAGGACCAGUCUGUAUAUGUUUACCAACCCAACACAACCUUUCACAGCAGUUUCAUUGGAGAGCAGACAAACUUCUCUGUCUCUGAACCUUCAAGGCAGAGCCAGAGCUGGGAUGUGCCUCAUAAUGGUGUUUUAGAGCCAGGCAUUUCAGAACCCAGUGCCAGCUUCGACCCACUGCUAGCUACCCUGGAUUCUCUUACCCUGGAAGGUCAGGGUGUGGUGGAUGCAGAGGAUGGGAGCUGUUCCAACAGUGAGCUGUUUGGAGCUUUGGAAGGGCUGGGUCUUAGUGCCGAGGACCUGGAGCUGCUGCUCCUGGAUGAGCGAAUGAUCAGGGUGGAGAUGGAUUCUGACCGUGUGCCUGCGUUGGAUGACCUGUUGACAAAUGAUGAAAUCCUCUCAUAUAUCUACAACUGUAUUGAAGGUAGGGCUGUUUCCAUAGAGCAUGGGAGGCAGGCACUUCCUAGAACAACAGCAACGAUCCCUACCACAGUGUCGGCAUCUGAAAGUAAUCCCAGAUCUGGUGCUGAUGUGCAGAUACAUUUUCCUCACUGUAAGCCUUGCCUGGUGGGGCAGGCUCCUAUUGUGCAGCUGUCACAGCAGAUGCAGCAGCACCUCAACAUGCAAAAAGGCAGACUUGGCCAUGAUUGGAGCCAGCAUAGAGACCAGCUGACUAAUGGAGAGCUGCUGGGGCAUAAUCCAGGCCUCCACAAUGGACACUGGACAGCUCAGGACACUCUCAUCUGUGCAGGAUUGCAUCUCCAACACACAAACACUCAGCACAUGGUUUUCAGCAACAAGGCCACAGAGCUGGAUGGGCAGUUUCUCCAGCAACAAAUGCACCAACAGUUCCAACAUUAUCAGCAGUCAAUAACACAGAAGCAGCUCUCCGAGCACUGUCAUGUCCAACAAAGUUCAACCACUCUCAAUGGAAUGUGUGACGCCUUCUCCAACUGGUCCACAACUAAACCUCAGUGGCAGGAUUUUGAUUUCACUGAAAGUCCCGGUAACGAACCCUGUCCAGACAACAGCCAGAAACCAAUUACUUCUUUAGACUUGUGCACUAAUUACAGAAUGGCAGAAAUGCCAAACGUGGAUUCCACUGUCAGUGGAAGUGCUUUGUAUGGGAAGGUUGGACAGCAGGACAGAAGUGAGUUCACAGUUUCAUCUUUCCAGCAGCAGCAAGAAGAGAUCGCCCUCCCCUCCACUCAGUGCCCUCUCCCCAAAACAUCCCUGGAGCAGAUCGUGGGAGUUGGAAAACCCUGCAGUCAGCCAGGCCGCAGUGACAUGAUGAGCUCCGAAAUUGGCAACGACCCAAGUAACAGUAAGAUGAAAGGCUGCAUCCUGGACACUUCCUAUCCUGGAGACUGUGUCAACGAGAAUGGAGCAGCGCCCCCUGCUGUCAAGGUGGUCAGUUCUGAGACUAUACCUCAAGUACCUGAAUCACAAGCCAGCGGCUUCUACCUCUGACCAAGUCAUUAUCAUGUAGCAGGACAGUGUGAAGAAGCAGAAACACAGUGACUGUAGCAGCCUUAUGCAUACAAAGAACAUGUUUUUUUUCUGUUCUUCUAUUUGCUUUUUGUGUGUACCGUAAUCUAACUCAUAUUAUCACAAGUUUGUUGUUUACAGUCUUUAAGUGAAGAGUCUAAGUUAUGUUGAUGAGUCGAAAUGAGAAUGAUGUCAAGGUGAAUUUAGGAAUGUGUUCAUUAACAUGAUUAACUAGUGGAAGCUGAAUAUCAGCCGACAUGUGACAACUCAACAAGUUCAAAUGAACAGAGGGAAAUCUGUUGUCAUAUUUUAAUUUCAGUAGAUCUUUUGUGUGUAUUUUCUUUGACAAUGCACAAACCUGAGAUUUGGUCAAUUCAGAUGAUAGUUGAAUAUCAAGAAUGUACAGUGAUACCUAGAAAGACUAAAUUUAAAGUAACACCACUUCAAUAAGCUCCAGACAUCCCCAAACUGUGCAGUAUUUUUUUUCUACAACAGGAAAAUGCCUCCAGAGCCGCUGUGGACCUGUGUUCACGUCUUCCUGUCCAUGUGGGAUGUGCAGACUGUCACUUAUUUCUUAUUCCUCCUGGUAAAGAUGUUUAAAUCCAGCUAUUAUUGAAAGAGCAAGAUCUCAACCUGGACGUUUUAGGGGAAAAAAAAGUCUACUUUUAAUUUAAAUACAUUUAUUUGGUGGGAAAAAACUGCUGUUAAAAAUAACUUUUUAACAUAAUAAUGGGUGGCACAAUUACUGGUACUAAAAAUAGUCUCUUUAGAGUAAAUUUAACUGAAGUGUUUGAUCCUAACAUCACAAAUAUAAACAUGUACAGUCUUGUGAACUCUACUGAGACUUUAACUAGGACUGUGUGCUUUAAUCAGUCUAAGUUGGUUUAAAUUGAAGCAAAUGAUAAAUAUGUGGAAGAACUCCUGAGGCCCACUGUGAAGCAUGGUGGAGGAUCCAUGUUGCUGUGGGCUGGUUUCUCUGGUGGACUCUACCAGUAAACUGGUAGUACCUCAUCACUGGAGUUUUGAUCCACCUUUUCUGAGUCGAGCAUCACAGAAAAGGUUCAACAGGCAAAAAUACCCUGUCAGUUGCCACCUCAGUUCCCAGAGCUAAACCUUGAUCUGAAGAGAAGAAAGCAUCAGGGAGGGUCAAAGGUCACUCUCUAAACGCUCCAGCCUUGUGAAGCAUUAAAGGUGAAGAUCUUGUUCUACAAGAUCUAGCAAACAGUAUUAAUAGCAGACAUCAAUAGUUGCUCCACAGUGAAUUUAAAACAAUCAUUUCUUGACUCGCUGUUUGUUUCUCCACUGAAUAAAUGAACUCACACUGGAGAUUUUAAAGGAUUUUUUUAUUGUGAGAUGAUGCUGCUGAAAUAUAACUCCAAUUAUACACAUCUUUACUAGCAUUACAACUAACUUUAUAAAUCCCUGCUAGCAGUGAAGUAUUUGUACCAUGAUCAUGGAACUUGGAUCUGUAAACCUAGACGCUGCUCAGAUCCCGUGGAUUCAUAUCAGCUGCUUAAGGUUUUCUAUGUAUUUGCAGGGUAACAGUGAGAUGUUGUUCCCUAGAAAUGCUGCUGAAUUUCUAGAAACUAACAUCUGACAAAUUCAGAUAAGUUUCUGCAUGCAUUUGCCAUCUUCAGUCUAAACAAACCAUUCAACAUAUUUCUUUGGUAAAUCCUCCCAUCACACUGUGAGAAUGUUAUGUUUUAGCAGUAAUAUUCUCUAAAUGUUUGGCAUUUAGAAAUAUGGAUGGAGAAAAUGAUGAAUAGAAAUACUGAGCACUUUAUUUCAAGCAAACACUAAAUGCAGAUGUUAUAAUGCUGAGUUUCUUUUGGAAAACAUAAAGUAUUCUUGUUUUGAGGACCACUUCGGAGGAUUUCUUUUCAUCACAAACUCAAGUGCUUCAAUAGAGUUUUUUCUGUUAGAUUUUCUUUUUUUGUGUUUACUUAUUAUUGCAAACAGUUGGAUGUGUUUUCCUCCUGUCCCUGUAAUUCCUACCACUGCUGGACGUUGUGGACCUGAUUUGAGGAAAUUAUCUGUACAAGGAAAGCAGAAAAUGAUCCUUCUCUUCUAACAUGGAGUAGCGCUUGCUCUGCAGAAAGACUUAAGUCCAGACACAUGCGUUAAAAAUUCAGUUAACCCUUUUAGAAGAACAGUCCAUAAUUUUUCCAAGUCAUCUUAUUGUGAAGAGAUGAAAAAGGACGUAAACACACCAAAUGUCUGAUUCUAAAUAUCUGCUCCAAUGUCUUACUUUUCUUCUUCAGAGGUUGUAAUUAAAUCAGGUGAAAACGUUCAGGUCCACAGUACUGAAGAGUCCUUAGAAAACUGUAAGAUGUAAUAAACCAAAUGGUGGACAUAGAGUUGAUACUACAUAUUUACAUCCACAGUAUAAAAAAGACGGGACCUUUUUUUCCCCCUGUGUCUGACAUUAAAUCAGAUCAAACGUUACUGUUUAGGUCAGUACAGGUUACCAAAAUUACCUAUAUUUGCUAAAUGCCAGAAUUCUGAGAUCACUUUUCUUUUAUUUUCUAAAAUUUCCUGCAGUUUGAAUUGCCCUUUAAACCCUAACUUGGGUCAAAGGUGUUGGGUUUCCUUCCAGAAACUUCUCACAACAGGUUGCUGGAGUUCAGGUUCAUUCCUCCUGAUAGAACUGGUGGAACUGGGUCAGGUUUGUUAGCUGCUUUACUCUCACACACCUGUUUAGAUGUACCCACAACUUUCACCCCAUGAGUCUACAGGACUCAUUUCAUUGUGGAUAAUUUUGUGGUUUUCAGCUUUAGCCAACAUGUUCACAAGGUCUUUCCUCUUCUGCUGUGGAGCUGAUCCACACAUUUUACAUCUAAACAUGGACUUCUCUAGAACACAGAACCUGCUUCAUGACAGGAAUUUCGCAUGGUGUUUAUUGUGUAUAUUUGUGUUAAGAGAAGAAAUGAAACCCUAACCCAAAUGAACCAGACUUAAUGAGAUCCACAAUUCUCUUCUGUUGGUUUCGCUGGGUGUUUGAAGUAUGAAUUACUUCAGUUUAACUUAAAUGUUGUAAAUUAAACUAUGAGAAUCAUAUGAAGCUAUGGCAUCAUUGUCUGGACUUUCCAAUUCCCAGGCAAAGUAAAUUCAGUAUAAGUAAAGUUCUGACUUUAAAGAAAGGUAAUAUAUUUCUAUACUUUCUCACUGUUCUGGUAUUUUAUGCAUUGAAACAUUCUUGGUGACCUUAACUGACCCAAAACAGGAAAGGUUUAAAUGUCACACUGUGAGGAAAAAAGAACAUUUUUCAUCUUUUUGCACAGUCUGUCAGGAUCAGAUUUGUAGAUGGAUGCUGGAGGGAAGCAGCUCUGAAUGUCUAGGAAAACCCAGGAAAACGACUGAAACGUGUAGCUGAGGAGAAUUAUUCAGAUUAGCGAAAGAUGCUAAAAGAGAUUUCCACUUAGUAAUUCAGUUAAUAAUAAUGACAUGCAUUAACAGCAUUAUUAUUGUUUCUAAUGAGAUGGUACACACACGGAGAUGUUAGCGAGUCAGUUUGCUAUACUUAAUAAACUUCUGUGAAAUUCUAACAAUGUGAAAAAAAUGUGUAUAUUAAGAAGUUACUGGUAUGUACAUAAUUUUAUGUUGAGUAUCAUUUGGAGCACAAUUCUUUUGACUAUAUCAAAGUUAUCAUUUGUUUUGUAUUUGUAAAAGUUCUCAUGAUAAAACAGAUUCUGUGACAGCCUGAAAACAGUGCCAUACAGCAGAGCUUUGUGUCAGUAGGCUGAGUUGUUAUAGAGUCUGAAUCUUUUGUAGCCACAGGAAGUUUCAAAUGAGGGUGCUGUGGAUUGUUACUGUGAUCACUCUGCUCUCUUUUUCAUUUUUCCUCUUGGACUAAAACCAUUUGUGCAGCUGUGGGACUGCUCACUCAUACUUCACCAUCUCUGAAUGCUCCUGUUUGUUGUUCACAUGACAGGAAGCAGCAGGAGUCUCCAUCCACUGUCAGACUCCUUGCUGUGGAUCCCUGAAAUGAAAAGGUGCUAUGUGUCCCAGCAUCAAUAAAUCAUUACCACAUGAACUGAA